AUGGACCUCGAGGUUGUGGCUCCGGAGACUCCGACUAUGCUAUUGACGCUCGUGGUGCAACUGACCUUGUUGGAGAGGAUCAAAAGUCUGCAGCUUGCGGACCCGAGUCUCCAAAAGGUGCAACGCAACAUCGAGGGCGGUCGUGGUGGUGAUUUCGACAUAGAUGCUGGGGGAGCGCUCCGAUUUCGAAAUCGAUGGUGCGUGCCGAAAAAUGAGGAGAUCCGGAAGUUAAUUUUGCAAGAGGCACAUUGGUCUCCUUAUAGUGAUCACCCGAGCGGCACCAAGAUGUACCACGAUUUGAAAAUGCUCUACUGGUGGCCGGGAAUGAAGGCUGACAUUGGACGCUUCGUGGCGAAGUGUUUGAUAUGCCAACAAGUGAAGGCGGAGCAUUGA